AUAUAUAUUUAUAUGCAUAUAUAUUUUAUGUUAGUUUCUAAUUUUAAACUUGUAUCUAUCGGUGAUACCAACAGACUGUAUAGUUUGUGACACCUGGAUUACUAUUAUGUAUCGGUAAGGCACGAUAAUCUUAUCAAAGUUUAUCUUCAUGUUCUCGGCAUUCUUGCGUUUCACAUUGAUCAUGCAAGUUUGGGUCUAAUUUGUACAUACUGAAAAAAAAGAGAAGAAAAGAAUAGACAAAAGUGUAAGUGCAAAAAGAAAAGAAAUUCAGAAAAGAAACAAUUAUUCGAAUUAUUUAUUUAUAGUUAAAUGAACUUAAAUUUGAUCGCAUGAAAUGGAAAUACUGUCACUAGGAACGUACGUAAUAAAGAUAUGUGAAUUCUAAUUGAUAAUGAUAAGAUCCACAGAGAUACAAAGAGUAAAGCGAAAACAAAAAUUUAACUUGUUUUUUGUUUGACAUUAUCGUGCAUUGGAAUCGAUCAUCACUCUAACAACGGUUAGAAAUAUUUUAUGAGACAAACAUAAUAUUUUAAAAAUAUUUUAUGAUGCAAACAUUUAUUGUAAAAAGUAAAUAUUUGGUCUUUGCUCAGUAUAUAUCCUUGACGUUCAUAUAGAUGUGUUGAAUCGAUGAGUAUUAGCAAAUUCACGGCUCAUUUGAACAAGAAACGCGCGGUAUUUAUGGACAUACGAAAGCUUCAGUCUGCAGCAAAGUUGUUGGAAUCGACAUUUUUAGCAGACAAAUAUAUUUUGGAAUUGGAUAAUUUUUGAAGAGAGCUGCAAAGUUUCAGAAAGAGUCAUCAUCAAACUUUUAUUAAACCAGGGGUAAAAUUUGUUUCUUAUAAAAGGAAAGAGAAAAGAGGAUACAUCCAUAAAAUGAAGGAGGAGAGAGCCGAGCGAAUUCUCAGCGUGUUGUAUAUCUCCUGUGCAAUUUUGUCGGUGACGUCGUUGAUUUGUUUGGUCACCGUUUGGCAAUACUGGGCAUUGAUCUUGGAUGUUUGCAUUAGCAUCGAUUGCGGUUGCAUACUGUACGGUGUUAAUACUUUCAGUACUUUUAUGGGAGGUGAUGUAAAGCUCUGUCAUUUUGGCAUAUACGGCUUGAUACCUGCGAUUUUGAUCGGUUUGUGCCUUGGUGGAUAUCAUGGAUACAGAAGCUGUAUUAAUAGAAGUUUAGAUACCCCUGUGCGAAUUUACGAUGAUGUUAGCAGACAUUUGAACGGCAAUGAACCACCGAUAACAACAACGACGGUAGCGAUCAGACCUAAAAGACGAACUCCGUGUAAACAAUGGAUGCCUGCUGUCUUUAUUACUAUAUUACUUUGUUGUUUGUCAUUGGCUCAUGCAGUAGUAAUGACCGAUGGUUACUAUAAAACUUGCGAGCAGUACAGAAAAAGGCUAAUACAAGUUUUGGGUUCGACCGGACAUGAAGCUGAGGUUGUUCACAAUAGACUUUCCUGCGGAGCGAUUUUUGAUUUUAUGGAUUAUUUACAUACGGAUGUGACCAACUGGAACCGUGUCAAAGAGAUCGACACUGGUCUCGCUCUUCUAUUAGCUAUUAUUUCCACCUGGUUUAAUUUUUUUGCUUGGACAUUCGCCUUUUUCUUGAAUGUUAUUAUGGCGCGUAAAAGAUUCUGUUGUUGUUAACAAUUUUCCAAUGUCGCAAAAUCGCAGUUUAUUAGAUUAGAUAAUACAUGCAUAUUCUCGUUCAUUCAUUGGUCAAACUUCGACAAUUAACAUGGAAGUGUAUCGGUUUUUGAUUAUUACAAAUUUUAUAUUUUUUUAUUGCUAUUCACGAUAUGCAAAUGCCUUCUUUUUUACUUUUUUAAAUACUCACGGAGAAAACAAACGGAUUGGCAUUACAUAUAACUAUAUAUGUAAUAUUUCCCUCGUGCACACUUGCCGUUUGUUCUUACUUGCGUUUAUUAUUUAUUCACUUAUUUGUUCAUUCGUUCGUUCAUUCAUUCAAAUAGUACAAGUCUGCAACAAUUUAACAAUUUCUAAUCAACUUCUUUUUUUUAUACAUACAUAUAUGUAUGUAAUGAAACUCGUUCCUUAUUUUACGUACAUCGUAUGAUUUUACUUGAAAACAUGAAAAACAUUGUGAAAAAUAUUCAAAAUAAACAAAUAGAGAGAGAGAGAGAGAGAGAGAGAGAGAAAGAGAGAGAGAGAGAGAGAGAGAG